UGGCUCUUCGUGCAUUUUUCUGACAGAAACCUCAUGACAGCGAGCAUGCAUGACACAGUCACAUUCAUUUGGAAUUAAGAGGUGUCAACACCAGCAGCCGUGGAUGCACUCACAUGAACAACAACAGAUCAUCCGAGAACUGGUUUUCAUGACAUUUCCAGUACUUAAAGUAAAAAAAUGAUGAAUGAUAAAAGUCAGAUUUUGGAUGACAUGCAGGAAGGAGGCGUUGUCGUCACAGGCAUUAGAAAUCCAGCGAUUAAUCUGAGAGAAGGUCACCAGCUUGUUGCUGCCACCGUUCAUCUUGAUCAUCUCAGUAAAGAUGAAGUACUGAACCUGAUCAAAAUCAUUGAGCCUUAUGACAAGAACCUUGAACUUAAGACUGCAGCAGAUCUGAAAGCAGGACUGUCUCUUGCCGAUCUUCGAUUGAACAGUGAACUUCCACAGGCAGGACUUCAAGCACCAGGUGUUCACGUCAAAGGACUCAAUGGAGGAAUAAAUGCCCCGAACCUCAAAGGUGGAAUCACAGCCCCCACAGUAAACGGAGAAAUGCCAAAUAUUGAGCUAAAUAAAUCCACACCCAAUUUCAGUACUCCAAAGUUCCAAAUGCCAACCUUUGACUUCUCUGGUCCAAAGCUCAAAGGUUCAGGUCUAGAUGGCACAAUAGAAGCACCUGAUGUCAAUUUCUCCACUCCUAAACUAAACACCCCAGAUGUUUCUGUCAAUGUGGACAAACCUGAAUUCAAUGCCAAAACCCCCAAAUUUAAGAAGCCCAACUUCAAUCUACAUACCAAAAAACCAAAGGUGGGCGGUGAUGUGAAUUUAACCACCCCAGACCUGAGUGCUGACCUAAAAACCCCUGAUCUGAGUCUGUCAUCCCCAAAGAUUAAUGGAGAACUCGACUCCCCUGAUAUAGAUCUGACCCUGCCCAAGACUAACCUCAGUGGACCAGGUCUGGACAUGGAAACACCAAAAGCCAACAUUGAAGCUCCCUCUGGCAAGUUCAAAUUCACUAAAAUUAAGAAAAACAAAACAGCAAAAGUCAAAGUACCAGAUGUGAAUGUUGAUGCAGAUAUCGAUACACCAAAUCUCGCUCUUUCUGCCCCAAAGGUGAAGGCAGAUGUCAGAGCGCCAAAUGUUGACAUUGAUCUGCCAAAAGCCAAUCUUGACUCUCCCGGUGUAGAUAUUAAAUCUCCUAAAAUUGAUUUAGAUCCUCCAUCUAGCAAAAUAAAGUGGCCAACAUUUAAGAAAUCCACGUUUGGGCAUAAAGUUAAAGGACCAGAGGUUGACUUAGAUGCAAACGUCUCAACACCUGAUCUGAGUCUUUCAGCACCCAAGAUUAAAGGAGGAAUCAGUGCCCCAGAUGCAGAUGUGACUUUCCCAAGAGCUGACAUAAAGACCCCUAAUGUUGAUUUAAAAGCACCCGAUGUGGACAUUCAUGCUUCAUCUGGAAAGCCCAAAUUCCAUACUCUUAAAUUUCCAAAGUUUGGCAAAUCAAAGGUGAAGGGUCCAGGUCUAGAUGCAAGCCUACAGACACCAGACUUGGACUUAUCGGCUCCUGAUGUAGACAUGAAAGUGCCAAAAGCUAAACUAGACCGUCCGAAUCUAGAUGUCAAGGCACCAAACCUUAACCUUUCUGCACCAAAAAUCAAGAGUGAUAUUACCACACCAGGCCUGGACAUUAAAACUCCAAACCUUGAUGUGGAUGCUCCAGAUGUUGAUAUAGAAGCUCCGUCUGCAAAGUUGAAGAAACCUAACUUUAAGAUGCCUAAAAUAAACCUCUCCGGGCCAAAAGUGAAAGGGCCAGAUUCAGGAGGACUCAAGGGACCUGAUCUAGAUGUGAAAGCACCUGAUCUCAGCCUUUCCACACCAAAGGUUAAAGGUGACAUAUCUUCUCCAUCCUUAGACGUUGAUUUGCCAAAAGCUGACUUAAAAGCUCCAUGUGCAAACAUUGGUGGAAGUCUAAAAUCACCAGAUGUCAAUCUCUUCGCCCCAAACGUAGACCUAAACUUGCCUAAAGCAGAGCUGGAAGGACCUGAUGCAGGCCUGAAAGUCCCAGAUGUCGACAUCAAUGCCCCUUCUGGAAAAUUUAAGAUGCCAUAUUUUAAGAUGCCAAAACUGAAUCUAUCUGGACCCAAAGUAAAAGGCCCUGGGCUGGAUGCUAAUGCAGAUUUGGAUGUCUCCAUUCCCAAACUCGAAGGACAAUUAAACUCACCUGGUGUUGACCUGAAACUACCCAAAGCUGAUGUCAGUGUGCCUGACAUAAACGCAUCUUUACCACAAGCUGACGCAAGUAUUCCUGAUCUAGACAUCAAGUCCCCAGACAUACAGUCUCCGUCUGGCAAGCUUAAACUGAUCACCUUUAAGAAACCGAGCGUAAAGGCCACAGGCAUUGACCUAAAUGCAGAAGCUCCUGAUCUCAACCUCUCCGCUCCCACUAUUGACGCAGAUGUAAAAGUUCCAGAUGCUGAUGUAAAGCUUCCCACAGCAGACUUUGACAUUAACACUCCCAAAGGAAAGCUGAAACUCCCAACAAUCAAAAAUUUUAACUUAUCAGGCCCAAAAGUCAAAUCUCCUGAUGUUGACCUUUCUGCUGACGUAAGUGGACCAGAUCUAAACUUAUCAGCACCUACGGUUGGCACUCCUGAUGUUGACAUGAAUCUACCCAACGCUGGGGUUGAUAUUCCAGGUGUCAAUGCUGAUUUCGACAGUUCCAAACGUAGGGUCAAAUGGCCCUUCAAAUGGCGCAAAUCCUUAGAAUCCAAAAAUGGCGAGAUAAACAUUGACGCACCAGAAAUCGAUGGUCCCACUGCAGAAAUUAAACUUCCAAAAAAUAUGCCCAUGUUCAAGACCCACAGGCUACCCAACAGCAGCAUUGACAGCUUGUUGCAAGAACGCACCGGAGCGAUUGACCUCAACAGUGAGCCUUCCAAAGAACUAACUGACGCCAUGGCCUCUCUCAAGACAAAUUUGAGGUCUUCAUCAACGUCUGCUGGGGUUAAUGGAAAGACAGCUGCUGUAGACAUCCGAGAAAGGCUGAGGUUGGCUAAUGCACGUCCCGUAAGCUCUGAUUUUGACAUAAGCCUAUCUUCAGAACCAGGCAGCCCUAUAAAAGUGAAUAGAGGAACUUUUAAAGUCGCAAAGCCUGAUGCUGAAAAGGACUAUCCGGUGGUGGAGUCUACUAGCAAGGAAGAUGAUGAAAAUGCCAAGCUUAGUCUAGGCUUGAACAAUAUGCUUGGUUUGUCAACGGAUUAAAGUUGAUAUAAGUCUUAACACUGGUAUUAACCACAUUAUCCACCCCACUUUGAUAUAGUUAAUGCAUAAGUAAAAAAAACCUCUCCAGCUGUUUACUAAAGAAUGGGUGGAUGAUGAUGAUGAUUGGGUAAUGUGGAGGAAUGCAUUGAUGGUACAGCAUUAGUGAAUCUAAAAGAGAUGUAAUUAUUUUUGUAUGAGUGCAGGUAUAUUGAUAAUUGUAUAAAGUUCUCUUCAAAUGUAUUGAUUGUUUUACCUUAUUAAAAUGAAGGAAAAUAUGCCAUGCCUAUAAUUCUGAUUAUAUUUCUACUGUUUUACAUGUAUUAAUCUAAUAUAUAGUCUUUUGUUUACACUACAUUCCUAUUUUAUAUAUACAUUAACAUAUAUAUUCAUCAGUAUUGAGAAUGGGACAUCCACUUUUGAUACAUAAACAUCACAUUUAUGUCUAAUGAAGCCUGUGCCCUCUGAUAUAAUUUUGCAUAGGCACUAUUUCAUUUGAAUAAAGCUAGUAAUG